AUGAACAAAGAAGAUUUGAGGAAAUGUUCAAUUUGUCUUGAGGAAUAUAAAACACCACGCUAUUUACCUUGCUUACACACUUUUUGCCAGGAGUGCAUAUCAUCUCAUAUUUUGUCCGAGUGUCAAGCUAAGGAGAACCCUGUGGGAUUUGAUUGUCCACUAUGUCGAAAAUUUGUGCCUUCUCCUUGUUUGUCCGUGAAUUUCUCGGAAUGGUGUAAACGUCUUCCGAAGAAUGAAUUGUUGGAAAAAUUUUACAGCUUGACUGAUGGUUGUAAAGUAUGUGAAGCAUGUCAGCGAUUCAACGAGGAGGAGGCAGCAAGCAACUAUUGUCUGAACUGUUCCGAAGCUCUUUGUGAUAACUGUACAAAAUGUCACCGAAAAAGUCGCGCCUCUCAGGAUCACAAGAUUUCUCCUUUUGACGAAAUAAAAGAUACAUAUCUACAGGAAAUGUCAAAACCAUCUACAAAUAUAACGUGUUUUAAACACAAAGAUAGACCAAUAGAAUUAUAUUGUAAUGAUCACGAGGAGCCAUGUUGUACCAUGUGUUGCUGUACAGACCAUAGAAAAUGUGAAAGCGUGGAGACUGUUGAAGAAAAAGCAGAAAAGGUCAGAUGCAGUGGAUCAGUGGAUGCUUUAUUACAAGAUAUCAGAAAAUUUAAGGUAAAGCUUUCCGAGGUGAAAGUAAAACAAGAAAGUAAUAUCACAGAAAUAGAAGAUAAUACAGAUAAAAUGACAGAGAAAGUCCAAAAGCUAAAAAGAAGUAUUAUUCAGCAUGUUGAAAGACUUGAGAGUGAAUAUUUGGAUGAAAUGUCAAAACUUACAAAACAGUGUAAAGAAAAACUUACAUUGAAUAUCCAGGCGUUGCAGGAUAGCGUGAAUUUAAUGAAGCAUUGUAUCACAAAUUUAGAGAGUGCAAAAGAUCUACAAGGCAUUGAUUUCUUGGCAGAGUUCCUUACAGCAGAAAAAACACUAGGCCAUAUUAAGAAAAGCAAAUUAAAGGUAUCUGGCUUUACCAUGGAGUCAGACGUAGAUGCUGGAUUCAAAGCUUUCACGAACCUUUCAAAAAUGGGGAAAAUAGCUAUUAUUGAAACAGAAAGAAAUUUUGAAGGGGAAUUUGAUGUUAAGAACCUAAAUCUGGAGUUAUUUCAGGAGAUAGAUUUACCACACACGAGUGCCAGAAGUUUAAUGUUAUUUUCUAUUAGUGAAAUGUUUAUUCCGGACCGGAAAAAUACAAAUAUUUUUGAAUACAACAGAAACAAUGAAACAUGGAGUUUUCAGCGAGAAGUAAAAAUCGGACAAAAAUCAUUUGACAUCAAGCGGAAAGAUAAUGUCCUUUUUGUAUCAUGUCCAGACAGCAGAGUGAUAAAAGUUAUUUCAAUUGAUAAUUUUGAAAACAUUCGUACACUCAGUGUUAGCGGUAUGUGUUUAGGACUUUCAAUUCAGAAUAACUUUCUUUAUGUUGCUUGUUACGAUUCUAUUAUCAAAAUGGACACUGCAGGAAAUGAGUUGAAAAUCUAUCCAACCGAUGACGGUGUUUACUUUGUCGUUGCCACAAAGAAAAGACAUGUUGUAUACAGCAAUUAUAGGACAUCAAAAGUGACUGCUAUAACAGAUGAAGGCAGCAAUGCCUGGACAUAUAGUCACCCAUCACUUCAGAACUCUUGCGGUCUUCACAUUGACUGUGAUGAUAUCCUUUAUGUGGCUGCAACGGAGAGUAACAAUGUCCAUGUAAUAUCAAAUGAAGGAUGUCUACUGAGGAUUUUUGAGAAUAUACCAAAGCCUGUGUAUUUCAUUCUUAAUAAUGAGAGGAAUUUUUGUUGUGUGAGCACGAAAGAAAAUUAUACCUGGAAAACAAGCGUUCAGAUUUAUUCAAUAAAGUAG